AUGGGCUUCUUCGAUUUGUCCACGGGCAGCGUCAUCUCCGGCCGCUCCUCCCACUCCCGCCGGCACUCUUCCCACCACUCCAAAAAGCACAGCACCAAGCACCGCUCCCGCUCCCGCUCCUCCUCGCGCUCCCGCAGCAAGAGACACAGCGCGCCCAGCAUCGCCGCCUCCAUCUUUGGCGGCGACGACUACAAGAAGAACAAUGCGUCGCGCGGCUCCUUUUUCGGUAUUCCCAAUGCCUCGCGCUCGUCAUUCUUCGGCUUCGGCGGUGGCCGCCCCUCGUACUACAAACGCUCCCCGCGAAACGGCUUCGUCCAAAAGACCCUCAAGCAGGUAAAACGCCUCUGGCGCGACCUAGUCUACUACGCCAAAAAGCACCCCUACAAGGUCGUCGCCCUCGUCAUCAUGCCCCUAAUCACGGGCGGCUUCCUCACCGCCCUCCUCGCCCGCUUCGGCCUCCGCCUCCCGCCGGGCAUCGAGCGCAUGAUUGGCAUCGGCGCCAAGGCCGCCUCGGGCGACUCCAUGGGCCUCGUCGGCGAGGCGGUCCGCAUGGCGAGCGGCGGGUUCGGCGGUGGUGCUGCCACCCACGCGCAUGUCGAGAGAGGGUACGAUGGGGAUUAUUCGUGGGAGAGGAGGAGUGUUGAGCGGGAUGGUGGUGGUGGUGGCGGCGGUGGUUGGGCUGAUGGGCUUAUGAAUGGUGUUGCCAAGAUGUUUGUCUAA